CGAUAAGUAAAAUGUCGCGCUCUGUAAAAGAUUCAGAUGAGGAAGUAGAUGCAAAAGCUGGUCGCAAGACUCGUGGUCUCGCCGGUUCAGGAACAGUUGACUCUCCACUACGUCGUAGUUCUCGAGUUAAGUCUGUCGUUAAACAAAAUGAAUCCUCACCUGAAUCAUCUUUAAGCGACACUGGUAACAUUAAUAAUACACAGUCGACAAGAAAUACCAGACGUCGAACAACUACCCUGGACAGUUUUAUAAUGACUGAAAAAAGUAGGACUUUACGUUCCAGAAGAAAUUCUGCUGCAUCAGAUAUCACUGAAACUACAGAUAAAGAUUCCACCGUUGCAACACCGACAAAGAAGACUAACAAUAUUUCUGUUAAUGAUGGAUUGAACGAGACUAAUGGCAAAACUAGUAAGCGACUUUCAAAAGCUGGUUCAGAAAUUGAGUCGCCAUCAACAGUUACAAGAAGUACACGUAGAACGAGAGCUAGUUCUAUGGAACCUGAAGCUGUUGGAGGAAAUAAACUUACAAAGAUGGGUCAGAGUGAAUUAAUAGGUAGUUCUGUUAGAUCAAGAAAUCGAGCGUCUAUGUUACCCACCGAAGCGACUGUUAUAGAAGAAACAGAAGUGGCUAAAAUUCCAGUAGUAACACUGGAUUGUGUACUACCUAAUCUCAAAGAAAUUAAUGAAACAUACUCAGAGAAUUCCACUUCCGAAAUGACUGAUGAGUCACGAUGUAUUUCAAAGGAAGUACUUCACAUAAGUCAUGAGAAUGUAUGCAAACAAGGAACAGAUGUUCAUAUGAAUGAUAUGACUCGGUCAGAAGGAUCAAUGCAGAAUACAUCCAAAGAAAUGUCACAAACUGCAAAUGAGAACACUCCCAAGGAACUUGGAUUAAAAAUGCAAAAUAUAUUAAAUAAUUCAAUAUCAGGAGUAGAUGGGGACCUUGGUAAUAAAGAAAACCAAACAGAAAAUAUUACUGGUGAUUCACAAAGUAACAGAGACACAGUCUCUAAUGUAUUAUUACAAAGUCCAACAUCAGCAACUGCAAGUAAUUUACAUACAGGUAAAUCAGGGAGAGAAAGUGACGAUGAUGCAGAUAGUUCUGAUAAUAUGCAAAAGUUAGUAGUAACAGACACGGAGCCAUUAAAUGAGAUACCACUUACUGAUAGUAUAGGUCAGAAUGUGACACAUGUAGAAGUAUGUGAAGAUUCAAGCCUAGACGAUAGCAUUGAAAUUUUGAACUGUCCAGAAAUUGAAUAUGAUAUAGAUACAAAUAAGACUUGUGAUUUGAACAACAAAUUAAAACAACCUAUACAGCAAACUGUCUUGGACAGUGAAAUGUUCAAUAAAGAUAAAACUGUUCAGAUGAUUUCUAUUUCUAAAGCAAAGGAAGCUACGAAUACAAGUGUAGAAUAUGCAGAAGUUUCUAUGAAUCAGAUUGUGAUUCUAGAUAAUGAAAGUGAAAUGACAGAGAAAGUACAGGAGUCUAAUAUAUCAAAAAAUACAAAAGACACUGAUGACAUGAACCCCGUAGAAAUACUUUCACGUUCUGAUUUAAACAAUGCAGCCCUGUCUCUUGAAAAAAAUACUAUGUCUUCCAUUACAGCAAGGGAUGAGACUGCUACACAUGAUUCACAAGAUAUAGACCAAACUAAUAAUGUGUCUACUCAGGAGAAUAUAGUACAAGAUCCUUUAGGUGCUCACAUGAGCUCAGAGAAUUAUUUAUCUACUAACAAUACUGAGGAUAUUAUAACUGAUGUGGUUAAAAGUAGUCAAUCUCACACUGUUACAGAGUCUUCAGCUAAGCCUUCUGACGAAAUUUCUGAGAAAGAAGAUGCGACACACACUUCUAUGUUGAAUAACUCUGUAACUUCAAAAAGGGAGUCUAUAAGCAAAUCCGAAUCAUCUAAUAAACAAAUAAAGCAAAAUGUGAAUCAUGAAACAUCUAAGGAGCAUGAAGAAAAAAUGAAAGUCGACGAUGGUGAUUCUGAUGCAAUUGUAGAUACAGAUUUGUUUCACGACAUUUCAGCUGACGAAUGGAAGGAAAGGAAUUUCGAUAAGAAUUCUGUCUAUUCAAUGUCGACAGAGAAACUUCAAAAUGAAAGUGAGAAUGAGUGUGAUCUUGUUUUAAUUGAUGGAGACGCGAGACAAGUUGCUGAAAAUAUGGAAAAAAAGAAAAAAAAUGCAAUAUUCGAUUACGAUUCUGAUGACACCGUUCUAUCAAAAGCACAACGAGAUUCUUUGAAGAGAAAAGAAGAAGAAAAACUGGAUAUACCACAGGAUGAUAAUAAACAUACACCUGCAAAAGUAAAGAGUAACCGAAAAUCUAAACAGCAAGAAGAAAUUCAGAAGAAAGCAAAUGCAGUGAAUGAUUCAAUAGAUGCGGUUCAAGAUCCAAAACAUAUUAAAUGUACAGAAGAAACAGAAACUGGUGAAAGUAUAUAUAGGAAAAAAUCUGUAACAGAAGACACUUCAUUUAACAAAUUAAAAGGAAACGAAAGUUGGACAGCAAUGACUCAAGAAAAUUUGGACAAAUCAGCUAUUGAUUCACCACUUAAAGAAACUGAAUUAUAUAAAUACAUAUCAAAAAAACGGAAAUCUAAUAAAUCUUUUAAAAAUCUAGACAGUGAAAUUGAAGAAUGUAAUAACUCUGAAGCUGUCAGGGGAAGUAAAUCGUUAAAUAAAUCAUCCGUAGAUUCAUCAUUGAACCAAGGCAAAUUAUCUGAAGACAUGUCGAAGAAACGGAAAUCAUUUAGUACACCCGUUGAGGAGGUAGAUAGUGAAAGUGAAGAAUCUGAUGAAUCUGAAGCCAUGGAGAGAAGGAAAUCAUUAA